UCAUCAACUUAGUCUUAGCAAGGUCUCGGUAGAAGUAAGACGUGCACGUAACGCGUUAAAGCGGUCUCUUAAAAUACCUCCUUGUCUGACUGUUAUCCUGCUAAGGACAGUUUAGUCGGCGCGGUAUUCUUUGUCAAGGUUUCUUAGUGAACGGUAUUCUUAUAGCUGCGCGGUGUGCCGGUACUGGUGCCCGGAUUAUUUUCCUUUUUUUUUUGUGACAAUCAUGGAUUAUUAUAAGUACGACUAUUGUUCCAGUGGAUUAUUUUAAAGUGCAAUAUCUGGAUUUUGUAUAUAUACAUAUAUAGAGCUUUGGACUUGGUUUAGUGAUCAAGCAAAAUGCCUAAGAUUUUUUUGAUUAAAAAUAGACUGCAUCAGCAGCAGCUGAGACUCUUGGAAAGUCAAAAUGCUACUCAAGUGAAAAACGAGUUGGGAAUUGAAAGGGCUAAUGAUGCUCCUCUAGUUUCCCCCACCUCACCUCAGCCUUUAUCUUUAAUUGUACCUAAGAAUAAUGAACAAGAAAAAACAAAAGAAGAAGAAAAAGCCAAAACGAAGACUCCACCACCAGAUGAAGAACCAGUUAAACCCACAGAAACUCUACCUCCAAGAAGAUUCAUCUCCUCAAUUCUUGGAGGAGAUGUUCCAUAUGGAAGCAGAGGACACGUACUCACAAGGGCAGAAAGAAAAGAGUAUCCUCCUAUAUUAUCACCCAAAAAGGUUACGCUUCCAAGUAGCUCCAAGCCAAAAGAAGAUUGCUUAAAGCCACAAAACCUAGCUCCUAUUAGGCACUUCUCUGUCAUACAGAGAACUCCAAAACCCACGACAAAAAGAGAAGAAGAUACAGAUAUUCGACUUCCAACAACUGUAGUCCACAACGAACCCGAGCAAGACCAGCCCAUCGAUUACCACAUACCAAAAAGGAAAGGCGAAGUUGAAAAUGAAGAAGAGGAACGACGACAACGGGAGCAACGUAGAUCACAUUGCUCAAAAGUCAGCAAGCCACUUAUUAGUGUUCGAUCAAUCGUUGGAAAAGUUGGAAAGCUUCCUGUUGUAACGUCCGCAGCUGCUGGACAUGGACGAUCUACACAAGGAGGCAAUAAUACCUCAUCAAACAAUAAUACCAGUAGCUCUGGAGGUGGCGGCUCCAUCAACUUCACUAGUGGUUCUGGAGGUGGAGGUGGAGCAGCUGGUGGUAUUGGCAGUGGAACAGGAGGAGGUGGAAUGAACCCCGGGAGAGACGGGAGGCAAAACUAUGGACCAAGCAGUCCACCAACAGGUUCACUUCCUCCAUUUUACGAAUCUCUCAAGAGUGGCAAUAACGGAAAUGGGUACAAUGCAAAUGGCAACUUUUCGUCCACUUACUUAUUGUCGAGUCAGCAAAAUAUGGACUGCGAUACUGGACAGGAGCUAGCGAAUCUUCAGAACAUUAACAGCGGACAAGCAUCACCAAAGCAAUACUCCACAUUACAAAAUGCCUCCUAUGGCAUCAUAAUGAAAGAUGAGACUGACCUAGAUAUUUAUGAAAAUAAGAUGGAUCCUAUAAAUCAAUUGUUGCCCAACGGUUACUCGGGUUAUGACGAAAGUAUGAUGGUCGAUAUGGUGACUGGAGCUGUGGUUGAUCCUCUUCAAUUCACUGCGACAUUAACUUUCUCAAGUAGUGCAGAGCAUGCCCUUUUGGAAAGUCUUUCUGAUGCAACAGAUCUCUCAUCUUUUCUGCAAAGACUUCCAAAUGAAGAUCACAAUGAUAACGAAGAAGCUGGGAGUGGUACCAUUCAUAGUCCAGGAAAUGAGUCAGCACAACUGCAGGUGGACCAAAACAUCGACAAUUUCAAUGAACAAAUGCUAAGCCGAAACCAGUACGACUCAGGUAGAGCAGGAUACAAUCACUCGCAAUUCUCCAAAAUGUACCAAGAGUCUCUUCCCGCCUAUUCAUCCUCACUGAAUUCUUCCAGUGACUCUUUGCAAAUGCAACAGCAGCAAAUGCUAUCACCUACGCUGAGCUUUAAUGGUAGUGCGCUAGAGUUGGACUCUCCAACGACAAUGUCUCUGCCCAGUCCGGGAGCAGCUUCUUGUUCUUUGGAUGGCGAUGGAUCAAUCAGUCCUCCAGCAGCAGGCAGCGUAAGUGAAAGAAGGGAGAGCGCAUCUUCAGGAGAUGUGGCGCAUGUCGCCCCAUCCCUGCAAGGCAGGGUAAAUGUCUUGCAGCAGAGGUUUAUGUUACAGCUCGGACUACCAAAUGAAGUGCAGCUGGAAUUCGUCAACGGGGGCCAUGGAAUCAAAAACCCUCUGGCAAAUCAAGAAACAUCCAGGCAAGGUCCUAGAACGGAAGAGAAGGCCAAAACCGCUUCAGUCACCAGCGAAGAUGGCCAAACAACUUUUUGUUGUAAGGUACGCACUUGCAAAGUUUGUAAUAAGACUUUUGCUCUACAGCGGUUACUCAACAGACAUAUGAAAUGCCACUCUGACGUCAAACGAUACCUUUGCACGUUCUGUGGCAAAGGUUUCAACGACACUUUUGAUUUGAAGAGACAUACAAGAACUCAUACAGGAGUAAGACCAUACAAAUGUGGGCUUUGUGAGAAAUCGUUCACCCAACGAUGUUCGCUAGAGUCGCACUGUCUUAAAGUCCAUGGAGUCCAACACCAAUAUGCCUACAAGGAAAGGCGAACAAAGGUAUACGUUUGUGAGGAAUGCGGACAUACAACCUCAGAACCAGAAGUACACUAUCUACAUCUCAAAGAAAAACAUCCCUACAGUCCUGCCCUCCUAAAGUUCUACGAUAAGAGACACUUUAAAUUCACAAACUCGAACUUUGCGAAUAUGCUUUUGCAAGUUCGAACAUAAACCUAAUACUUAAAACUUUAGAUUUAGCCGGUGGAUGAUAAAAUACUUCCAAAUCUAAAGUUAGAAAAAUAGUUUUGGAAGCAUUUUACAUGGUAGUUGUGCAAUAUAGUUAUAAAAGUAUGUUAGUUGUGCAAGACACUGGCUAAAUAAAUAGCCUAAUAUAUCCGUCCAAUAAGAAGAAAGUACUUAAAAUAUCCUAUUUUAGUAUUCACACUUUUCUUUUAGUUGGAGGGUCAAUAUUCUGUUUUAAUUUCUUCUGUGAUAAUUUAUUAAAUUUAAAUAUCUCGACAUAUUUUAAGUAAAGCGCGGCACUUUUGUAAUAAUUCAUUAAGCUUUCUUUGAUUUAAUGCUUGUAGGAACGGGGAUUGAAAAAAUCCCUAUUUUUAUAAGUAAAAGUAAGCGUUAGUUGGCAAAGUUAAUUUUGCCAAACUCAAUAAUAAAAUCGGGUUUUUUGUGCAAUCAUGGUGAACGGAUCUGGGUAAUAUUAAGUUAUAAUUAUUGUAAUUUUACUCUCUUUAUCUAUCAUUUCUUAUAAUUGACACAAUAGGCUAUUGAAGAUGAUAAAAAAAGCAAAGAUACAAAGGUCUAGAAAGUGUUGAAAGUCAAGUGAUAUUUAAAUUCAAAGGUGCAUUUCUGAGGUUAUGUUCGAUUUGUCUACUUUCUUGUUUUUUUUCAGUUGAACUCGAAAACUAGGUAUUUUUUGCGUAUACAUGUCUGUAAAAAGUUUAAAGAUAAUUAAAUUUUCCAUCGAAAUGAUACCGCAGGUAGUCCAAAAAUAUUUCUUAGAAAGAUGUAUUCAAAGAAAAUUAAAUUGUUUAAUUAAAGUUUAUUGAGCAGAGUCAUAUUAAUGCCGAAUUCGAAUUAGUUGCUUUGCCUGCACGUUUGUCAUUUCUUUCUACACGAGUAAAAGAGAAAGAUACAAAUACCGAAUAUAUGAUGUUUUCAUUUUCUAGCUUUUUUGGUAUAGAUUAACUAACCGUUUUUUGUUUAAUGCCUUUCCUACGACUAGGGUAAGAAGAACAAUUUUCAUAUUAAAAAAAAAUAUGUUAAGUUUAUUAGUUUUUAAAUUUUUUUUAUAAUGAAUAUACGCUUUUGACCCAUUUAAAAUUUAGCAGAUUUUUUCGUGUUAAAAAUAGUAUAACAUCAUGACUGACUUGAGAUAUUGCACACAAACGCCGUGAGACCGCGCUACUAGCGUUGCUUCAAUAUUGUACGUCAUCAAGCGUAAUAUAUCAAGCGUUGCCGAAUUUCUCAUAUUUUCCUUGAAACAAAUUAUUCUGCAAAGAAAAAUUCAUUAACAUGUGCUUACAGUUAUCUUAUUAAAUAUUUAUAUAUAUUUAUAUUAAAAAGGGAUAGGAAAUUUAAAUUUACAUAGUCAGUGGAGCGCACCAAUCAUGUAUACGGAUGGCCAAUAAAUUACGCAAUACGUGACGUGCAUUGAAGUUGAUUUAAACUUGUUUCUGUAUUUCCGUGUUUAUUUUUAAAUACAUUCUUCUAUAAAAAGUACUUGUAAAUAUGUCAAAUUUGGCAUACGUCCAAUACAAGAUGUAAGAGGUACGUACAUUUCUACGAAAAGUAUCUUAUGUUACUAUGUCUAUAGUAUGUGAGAAGUCCCCAAAAGCAGCAAACUUGGAGACGUACUACAUUUUAUAAUCGUACCGACAAUAUAUCAAUAAAAUUUUAAUUGCAGAAUACCUCAACUUUAUUAUCUAUGUAGCAAUGCCUAUCCUUAAUUUAUAUGCAAAAAAAGGAGAAUUUUUUUGGUUGUGUGUUAUUAAAAAAUAAAGUAUUUGAACCUCGGAGAUGACACGUCCAUUGCAAAAUUUAUGGUCCACAAUUUUCCUAUUGACAUUUAUACACGAAAAUUGCGUAGUUUGAGUAAAACUUGAAAAACUAAUAAGUGGAACAUAACCUCAAAAACUUAAUAUUGAAUUUAAACUUUAGCACGUUUUUAUUUAAAAUAAAAAGUAAAACGCUUUUUAUACCUAACGUUUUAGUUCUUAAGUAUCGACGUAAUCAGUAGCCUACACAGAAUUCAUUGCUAAUCGAAUAAUAAUACGAAUAAAACGAUAAUGUUACUUAUGAUUUAAAGUUUUUAGCGCAUUUAAAGUUAACUAAUAAAUGACAAUUUAAAAUUUAUGCUAAACUUUUUUUUAUAUUGUAAAUAAUAAAAUACGAUUUGCCUAGUAAACUUGUAUAAAAUUUAAAUUUUUUUAAAGUAUCAAAUAAAAUAGUUUUUUUAUUUACAGGAUCACCUUAAAUUAUUUUUUUUGAUGCUUUAAAAUGGUGCUAAGAACCAUUUUUUCCAACGAAGAAACAGUUUUUUAAUUUU